AUGGCAUCCUGCACGUCUACCCUCCCGGCCUCCUGGUAUACUAGCAAGGCAAUAUAUGACCUUGAGAGGCGGGGCAUCUUCAUGAAGAGUUGGAUUCUUCUCGGUGCGGUGACGCGCUGGCCUGAAGCGGAGCAAGACUAUCACGGAGAAAUGGCUCAAAUUGAGUACAUCAUUCGACGCUCAUCUCCUGACUGGAAGACAAUAAAAGUCUUUGCCAAAGACGGCUCCGAGAUCCGUACUCAUCUGACAUCCAACGGUCUCCUCUUUGUGACUUUCUCGGACGACACAAUCAGCUUCGACGAGUUCUUCCCAGGCCUAACUGACCUGAUUUCCCAAGUCGACUUCACUGAGCUCCCCAUCCGACGACCCCUGACAUACCCAGUCGAGUACAACUGGAAGACGAUGAUCGAUGGAUACCAAGAAUGCCUGCACUGCGCAUACGCGCAUCCCGAAUUUUCCAAAAGGUAUGCGCCCCAGACCUACAAGGUAAUCAACCACCAUAACUACUCGCGCCAUAUCACGACCGCGGAUGGAUCGGGCGGCGGCGGCGAUGGGGUGUUUGUAUACCUAUUCCCCAACUCUACGCUAAGCGUGUACGGCGGCGGCAUGACCUGCUGGCGCGCUUGUCCAUCGGACGAGCCAACUCGAGCUGUCAUGGAGUUUGACUAUUACCAUAAAGCACCUCUUGAGGACCCUGAAUUCGAGGAGUUCUUCAGGUUCACACGCUAUGUGGCACUGGAGGAUAUAGGGCUCUGUGUUGGGGCCCAGGAGAAUCUAAAUGCGGGUAUCUAUACGGCGGGCCUCUUGAACCCAGAUAAGGAGAAUGGUGUAGCGUAUUACCAGAGCCGCGUGUUGGCAAUGUGCUCUGGCGAAUUUGAGAAAGGUUCAGCUUCACUGGCAACUAUGGUGACUGCCGCAACCUGA